CCAGAGCCACCCCUCAGACUGCCUCGACCCCCGGUAACUUGGUAACUUGCUAGCUGCCGAAAAUACUCAAAGUCCUUUACUUUGUAUGGAAGCGGUCAGCAUCAUCAUCGGGGUUCAUGUUCCGCCGCUACAAUGAGGAAGGUCAUUGUGUUGUCACUGCUGCUUCUGAACAUACAUCACGUUAUGUCAGCACCCAAAGGCGUCACUGCCAGUCUCAAAGCCAAGUGGGACAUGACACCCUUUCUCCUGGAGACGAGUGAGUUUAUAGGAGAAGAUGGGAAUGAGAAAUUCUGGCAGUUCGUCGACACCGUGAAAGAACUAACGAUUUAUAAGCAAGGAGAGUCUGUGCGCUCGUACUACAACUUGGUUAUUAAGAAGGCCGGCCAGUUCCUCACAGAUCUCCAAGUUAAUCUCCUCAAAUUUGCUCUGGCCCUACGGUCCUACUCACCAGCCGUUCAUGCAUCACAGCAGAUAGCCAGCGAUGAGCCGCCGCCUGAGGCUUGCCCUGCCUUUGUCUCCAUCCAUGGUCAACAAAGCUGCAGCACCAAGGACAUCAAGAAGCUCCUGAAGGCAGCUGCAGGCAGGCCAAAACCGUAUUUAUACAAGAAUGACCACACGUAUCCCGGGGUGAAUAAAACGAGCGUGCCGGUUGUGAUCCUGUACGCUGAGAUCGGAACCAAGAAGUUCACCUCUUUUCACAAGGUGCUGUCGGAGAAGGCCAGAGAGGGAACGCUCUUAUACGUGCUGCGUCAUUUUGUAGCGGAUGUGAAACCGCGAAAGAUGCUUUUAUCGGGGUACGGUGUUGAGUUGGCUAUCAAAAGCACAGAGUAUAAAGCCAUGGAUGACACCAAAGUAAAAGAUUCAAAGGCUGCUGUAAAUGCUGAGGAUGAUGAUAAUGAUGAAGUCCAAGGAUUCUUUUUUGGAACAUUAAAGAAAUCUCACCCAGAACUCCAGGAGCAACUCGCUGAACUUCGAAAACACCUCCUGGACAGUAAUAACAACAUGGCCCCUCUCAAAGUGUGGGAAAUGCAAGAUCUAAGUUUCCAGGCAGCUGCCAGGAUCAUGUCUGUGCCAAAGUUUGAUUCUUUGAAGCUUAUGCGAGACCUCAGUCAGGACUUUCCAAGCAAAGCCAGAUCACUGACAAGAGUGGCUGUAAAGCAGGAAAUGAGAAAAGAAAUUGAGGAGAACCAAAAGCAUCUCAGCGAGACCAUUGGUGUUCAGCCAGGAGACGGGGAGCUCUUUAUCAACGGGCUGCACAUUGAUCUGGACAUUCACAACCCUUUCAGCAUUCUAGACAUCCUCAGAGAAGAGGCCAGGGUCUUGGAGGGGCUUCAUAACCUGGGCAUAAAGGGAGAAGAUCAGGGAAAACUGCUGAGGCUACCUGUUAACGCCGUGGAUGACAGCUAUGCCUUAGAUAUCAGACAUCCAGCUAUAAUGUGGAUGAAUGACGUUGAGAAUGACCCCAUGUACCGCGGCUGGCCAACAGGGAUACAGGAGCUCCUCAGAGCAACCUUUCCCGGAGUCAUCCGACAGAUCAGACGCAACUUCUUUAACCUGGUGCUGUUCCUGGAUCCGUUGCAGGAGGAAAGCGGUGAGCUGGUGAAGCUCGCAGAGCUUUUCUACAAGCACAAGAUCCCCCUGAGAAUUGGAUUUGUGUUUGUUGUCAACACCAAAGAUGAGAUUGAUGGCUUCUCAGACGCAGGGGUUGGUUUUUACCGACUGCUAAAUUACAUUGCAGACGAGUACGAUUUAUCCCAGGCUCUGUUGUCUAUGGUCUCAUUGUACAACACAGUAGAUGUGGGGGAGGCGCUGUCUGCUGAUAAAGUCUCUGCUUACCUGAAGAGAAAAUUCCCAAAAGCCAAUUCAGAACGGAUUCUAGGAUUAGAAUCUGAGUACGACGAUAAAAGGAAGGAUGGUGCCCUCUUCUACAAAAAGAGCGGCCUGGGAGCCCUGCCUCUGGCUUUAUUUAACGGAGUCCCUUUGAGUCCGGAUGAGAUGGACCCGGAGGAGCUGGAGACUGUCAUCCUGCAGCGCAUAAUGGACACAACCACUGCAUUUCAGAGGGCCGUCUUUAUGGGUCAGUUAUCUGAAGGCUCAGAUGUUGUGGACUAUCUAAUGGAACAGGCCAACGUGGUUCCCAGGAUGAACCCUCUGAUUUUAAGCACUGAUCGAAAGUACCUCGACUUCACAGCCACCCCAGUUGCGGAUGAAUGGGAGGACACGACUAUGUUUUCGUAUAUGGACUCCAGAGACAAAACGGCAGUGGUGGCUAAGCGACUCAAGUACUUCGCAAAUAAUAAUGAUGACGGGAUCAGCGCUGUGACCAUGUGGAUAGCAGGAGAUUUUGAGAAGGUUUCAGGAAGAAAGCUGUUGCUCAACGCUAUGAAGCAUUUGAAGGCGAGUCGCGGAGUGCGUGUGGGGGUGAUAGACAAUCCCAGCAAAAAGCCCUCCGAAGAUAACACCGCGGUGUACAGGGCUAUCUGGGCCGCUCUCCUCACCCAGAAGAAUAAGGCUGCGGCAGAGUUUGUGCAGAAACUCCUGAAAGAGGAGAGCAGCCUGCUCCUCCAGCAGGGGACCAAGAUGAAGGACUUACUGAUGCAGGGCAUGGACGUUGAUGCGUUCGAGAAGAAAUUCAACACGCUGGAAGUGGACUUUGUCCGUAGUCAGCAGCUGUUCUGCGCAGACGUACUGAAACUCGGUCCUGGACAGCGGGCGGUGAUCAGCAACGGCAGGGUCCUCGGCCCAUUUGAAGAACAGGAGGAAUUCACUGUGGAGGAUUUCCACUUGCUGGAGAAGAUUACCCUGAGUGGCUCCGCGGAGAAAGUCAAAGCCAAAGUUAAAGAGAUGGGGAUGAAACCAAAGCAAGCCAGUGACCUAGUCAUGAAAGUUGAUGCCCUCCUAACUGCAGCUCCUAAAGGAGAGAUGAGAAGGGAUGUCCACUUUAUCAAGGACAGUCACAGUGUGCUCCGUCUCUCCCCGCGCGAGAACGAGGUGUUCUAUGAUGUUGUGGCCAUCGUUGACCCCCUCACUAGAGAGGCGCAGAAGAUUUCCCCCCUGCUGAUUGUGCUCAGUCAAGUGGUCAAUGUGAGAUUGCAGGUGUUUAUGAAUUGCAGGGCCAAGUUGUCCGAGAUGCCUCUCAAGAGUUUUUACCGCUUCGUCUUGGAGCCUGACGUAACUUUCUUGGCCAACGAGACAGUGUCUCCGGGGCCAGUCGCCCGUUUCAUGGAGCUCCCAGAAUCUCCGCUCCUCACCCUUAAUAUGAUCACUCCAGAGAGCUGGAUGGUGCAAGCAGUUAGCAGCCCCCAUGACUUGGAUAACAUCCACUUGAAGGAGGUGAACGGGAUCGUGGCAGCAGAGUUCGAACUGGAGCACCUCUUGCUGGAAGGCCACUGCUUUGACCUGUCCACCGGCCAACCUCCCCGAGGACUGCAGUUUACCUUGGGCAUGAGUCAGGAUCCGCUCAUGUACGACACAAUUGUCAUGGCUAACCUGGGGUAUUUCCAGCUGAAAGCCAAUCCUGGCGCUUGGAUCCUGAGAUUGCGCGAAGGCAGAUCAGAAGAAAUCUAUCAAAUUCUCACGCACGAUGGAACUGAAUCUCCUGCAGAUGCCGGUGAUGUCAUUGUUGUGCUGAACAGUUUCCACAGUAAAAUCAUCAAAGUCAGGGUGCAAAAAAAGGCAGAGAAGAUCAAUGAAGAUCUUUUAAGUGAAAACAAUGAAAGCAAAGGCAUAUGGGACUCCAUAGCAAGGAGAUCUUACUCCUCCCCUGGAUCCAGGCUGCAAUAUUAUGCUGUAAGAUCUAGUCUUGCAAAAAAUAUGUGCUUCUGUAGCAUCACAGGUGGCGGCUCAAAGAAGGAUAGUGGCGAGAAGAAAAAGGAAGAUAUUCUAAACAUAUUUUCCGUCGCCUCCGGCCAUCUGUACGAGCGUUUUCUGAGAAUAAUGAUGCUGUCCGUCCUUCGGCACACAAAGACCCCUGUGAAGUUCUGGUUCCUCAAGAAUUACUUGUCUCCUUCUUUCAAGGAGACCAUCUCUUACAUGGCGGAGUCGUACGGCUUCCAGUACGAACUGGUGCAGUACAAGUGGCCUCGCUGGCUCCACCAGCAGACUGAGAAGCAGCGGAUUAUCUGGGGGUACAAGAUCCUCUUCCUGGACGUUCUGUUCCCCUUGGCUGUGGAUAAGAUCAUCUUCGUCGACGCCGACCAGAUAGUCCGGGCUGAUUUGAAAGAAUUGAGGGAUUUAGACCUGGAGGGCGCUCCUUAUGGCUACACGCCGUUUUGCGAUAGCCGCAGAGAGAUGGAAGGAUAUCGCUUCUGGAAGACCGGCUACUGGGCCUCACAUCUCAGUCACAGGAAAUAUCACAUCAGCGCUCUGUACGUAGUGGAUUUAAAGAAGUUCCGUAAGAUUGCAGCUGGGGACCGAUUACGAGGCCAGUACCAAGCCUUGAGCCAGGACCCGAACAGUCUGUCCAACCUGGACCAGGACCUGCCUAACAACAUGAUUCACCAGGUGGCCAUCAAGUCUCUCCCUCAGGAGUGGCUGUGGUGUGAAACGUGGUGUGAUGACACCUCCAAAGUCACCGCUAAGACUAUAGACCUGUGCAACAACCCGAAGACCAAGGAGCCCAAGCUAACGGCCGCGGCGAGGAUCGUGCCCGAGUGGGUCGAGUAUGACAACGAGAUAAAACAGCUGCUCAGACAGGUCCAGGAGCAGGAAGAAGCCACGACGCAAGAGCAGACCCCCUCGCAACAUGAAAAAGACGCAGCAGACAACCGGCGAGAUGAACUUUAGUGUCUGCCAGCACCACGCUGGAGAGGAAGGAGGCAGCACCUUUUGUGCGCGGGCCACCUGUGAAGCUCGAAGACAGACGAUUCCAUCUAAACAUAGCCGCGGAGUGUUACAUCCCCAGCCGGUGGGGGAUGUGAUAUUUUGAGAUCUUAACGAAAAUCAGCACGUGAUGUAAUUGUUAACUGCCGACCGUGAACUCGUGGUGCGCUUUGAGCUCUGAAGCCUGAUCUCGGUAAGUUCAGUACGAAGUAACUGGAAAAUGAAGUGAGCGUCAAAAGAGAAUAAUAAAAAAUCAGUUAAAGCUCUCUGUUAGGGUGAAUAGUCGGCACAUAUUGCACUGAUGCAGCGUACGCAAAGAAUCAAAAGGAGACGCCGCGUUUCUAAGAACUCUUUCAAAAUGCUAAUAUGUUUAGGUCUCUAUUGUUAAUUUGACAUCAGGAACAUCGUGUUUAAGGUCUGUGGAUGCCAAACCAAAGUUGUGACUGCCAGUUUAUUUUUCUAUUUUUCACUAAAUGCUUCAAAGGUGUUGCAUCCAGAUCAGCUGUGAGGCACAUAGACAGUUGACCAUUUGCCGAAUCCAGUCUCCACGUGAUGUUUAGUAACUAAGACCGGGAUAAAUAUUGCAAUACUUUAACCUGUGGGCUCAUUUGUUAGAGGUAGAUAGCGACUAAAUAAAAAUCAUUUAAAUUGCCACUUUAACCUAAACCAUCAACGUUACCAUUCUCGGGUAACUAAGUCACUGUUGACAUAAGCAACCUGGUGUUAUUUCUAAAGGCAGCGAUCAUUAUCUUUGCUCGUUAGCUUAAUUACGUAAUUUGGAGAAUCGCUGGACAUUUUGUCACAGUGAAUUACUCCACCGUGCCGCACACAAACUCUUUACUUCGCAGCCUCGUCAGCUAAACUCACCGCAGGCCGGUUAAGGAUGAAUGAUAAAGAUUUUUUAUUAGCUUUCCUAGCUGCCCUCCUUCUCUUUUUCUCGUUUGUUCACGUUCCUUUCCUCACCUACUCGACCCGAGACCUGAGACGAGAGUGGAGGAGGUGAGGAAGAGGCGCGGCAGCCCAGGCAACAGGCUUUCAACAAAAAUCCUACACUGAUGCAUGAGAGCUACCACUUUCAUUUUAAAGUGACGUCGUUUACAUGCGGCCCGUGGCACGGCUGCGUUAUCUCUCCAUUCGUUUGUUAGAGCCUGAAGCUCUGUUUUAUGUUUUCUGUUGAAUGAGAAAACCCCAAGACAAAUUAUGGAGCCUAUUUACUUUUAAUCCAGUUCAUAAAUGUUCAUCCGUCCAUUUCAGAAAUUAGGACGUUCUUUAAGAUCCCAGAUCAAGUCUCAAGUCACGGGCGUCACAACUUGGGGGGAAAUGUGUUAAAAGUCUUUAUCAUUCACCGGACAGGAAAACUUGUAAUUAAGGGGUUUGACAAAUGGUCAUCUGUCCUUACAGGUUACGUGUAAGUUAGUUUUAAUCAUGGAUUAAAAUUCCUCAGUUGCACAGUUCGUGGUUUAUGGAUGGUAUAUAUGAUUUUUAUUUAUUACACUACGUUUACAUGUUAUUGUAUGUGCAUUCAGCUUCACUGUAGUCAUGUUUCCAUUUGAAUCCCUCAAUGAACCAAUGUUUUUGUCUCAGGAAUAAGAUGGUGUUGCUGCUCAACAGAACAGUAGUUUUAUUCUGUCUUUAGUCAAUUUAAAA